AAGUGAGAGAGAAAAAUGACAGGAGGGAUUAGAUUUAAGAGAGAGAGAGAGAAGAAAAAUGUUUAGUGGGUGAGACAGAUCGAUAAAGACGGCUGGACUUGUCGGGGAGGAGGAGCGUCGCAAGGCAAAGCAAAAAAAGGUUUUAUUCAUUCGCGGAUUUCCACGACAAUACCCGAGCUAUAACGUUUACGUUUUACUGGCGAGGAAAACGGUCUAGUGGACGGAACGUCGGAACAGAAAGAGCCAACCAGUUGAGAAGGAUGCCAGCAGUGGUGGUAGUGUGCUGGGAGCAUCCAGAGUGAUAGUCCUAGUCAUAGUAACCCAACGGACAACGGACAACGGGCUAACCAGUCUACUCUACACAGCUAACAGUGACAAGUGACUAGUGAGUGUGUAACCUGGCUGUGUUGAUGCCGGAGUGAAUAGAAGGUGUUUGGCUGGUGGGCCUGAUUCAAGUGUCUCGCUAGAGGUGGUGGCACAUCAACCUGUACCUUUACAAUUUUACAAUAUACCUGUACAACUUACAACGUCAACAGUUUGGGCCAGUUUGUACCGCGGCUUCGAGCGCUAAGGACGUAUUUUAUGGAGACCGUUUGUUUUCUUCACGACAUUAGUGUUUGUGGUGUCAAAAAAAUGAUUUAUUAUUUUUGGUGAUGUUUAUUAACUAGAUUUAAUUUUAAUAAAAAAUAUCAGCUGGAAUUUUUUGAGAAAUGAGUAAGCAGCUGGUGGAGCAAGUGAUUGUCAUGGAGCUGGAGUACUUUUUUAAUAGUUGCUAGUUUUUAAAUUUGCAAAUGACGGAAGAAGAUUGUUUUAUUGUGCCGGAUACAAAUUUAUUGCUUGAAAGUGUCAGCUAGUUUUCAACAGGUAUAAAAAUCAGGAUUAAAAAAUGAAGGAAUUAGAGCAGAUGCAUGAAGUCCCAAUGGGCACACGAACGCUUAAAUCCCUGCUGAAGAAACCCGGGCACAGUAAACAACGAACGCAGAAGAAUCGCGUGACGAUAAACGAAAAGUUGAAUGAAUUUUUUGCUGCGGAUUAUAUUAUCCUGAUAAAAGAAGAGUGCUGUGGUGAUUAUGAGGAGGAGUGUGAUUGCUGCUGUCAGGAGCCUGAGAUGAUACGCCUGGGGAAUUGCAAAGAGUGUCGAGCUGAGUUUACGAGACAAUUGGCUGCCGGUGAUAUUGACACGCGUUUUGCUACCGAGAGAAACGGUAAUAAGAUUAUUGAUAACGGUUGUGAUCUGUCGAGACGAGUGGGUGCUGGUGUUGGUGGGUGUAUCAGUGUCGGUGGUCUCGGGAUCCCAGGCAGUGAAGAGUCCCAGGAAGAUGAGGACGAGGAUGAUGAAGAUGAGGAGGAAGAAUACGAGGAGGAGGUUGAUGAUGAUGAUAAUGAUGAAGCCGAGUCCUCUGAGGAGGCUGAUCAGAGGAACAAUCCUCUGGCUGGCGAUCCUAUGACUCCGGUUCAAUUGCAGGCCCAGACACACGAAACUCUCAGUCCUCCGGAAGGUUACAAGGACGUUUGUGAUGAAGACAUGCAAACUGACCCGGCAAAUGAUAUGUGUCCUUCCACUGGAGCCGUUGUUGUUUGCGGCGAGUGUAAUUACUAUCGUCAGAGAACUCCAGAUGGAGACAAAGAUGUGGAGGAAGAUGGAAAUAGCAAUACACAGAUCGAUGAGAGUGCUCAGAAGACACUGGAGCAGUCUCAGCAAACAACGCCAGAUAUCCAGCAACGUUACCUCGUAGAAACAAUAACAAUGACCACAGUAACAGAGCGCCGCAUAGUCCGCGAGAUCAGCGAAGACAAAGGUCUGACCCCGGCACCAACCAGCAACACCAGCCCGUCAUCCUCUCCAGCCUCCCAGGAAGAUCAAACAGACAAGCCACCCAUAACUAAUCCACCCUCAGUACCAAACGGCUCUGCGGAAGCUAUCUCCAAUUCCGAGGCUGCAGAAGACGACAAACCUACUGAAAAUUCCCCAGCCAAAGAAGAACACCCCCCUGACUCAGAACUAAUGCCGUUCAAACUCAGCAGCUCAUCCCUAGUAACCAACAGCUUAAAGCCUAACUCAGCCGUGCGACAGCUGUUCCCAAACCCAAAGUUCAUCUCACCUCCUCCCGCGCUCUCCAAAGGGAUGUCUCUCUCCAACGACGAGACGGACAGCGACUCGGAAGCCCAGAGGUACCUGGUGACCACCGAGAGUCUCCGACUCUUCGACUCAGUGAAGCGCGCCAAGAUGGCCGGGUCCCGGAGCGACUCUUCAGAGAGCGACUCCUCGACCAUAAAACGGACCAUUGAACGAAAUGCUCUUCGGAGGUCGCUGGUUUGCAAGUACGACACCCUGACCAGGAAGAAGAACCUGAUGAGCAAGGACGUGAGUCUGGAGGAGCGGAUCCGGCAGCUUACUUGCGUAGAUCCCGAAGAAGACACCACCUACGACAGCGCUUCAGACUCUCUUUCGGCAGAACAGAACCACCUAGCGAUUCAGGGCCAGGAUUUGCAGGAUCUUCCGGCCCGGACGUCUCCUAAUGGUGAGGAGAGACCCCUAGGCAAGGCUCGAGAUUGCCCAGAGCACUCUCCGUCUCCUCCUUUGCAUCAUCAUCAUCACCACCAUCACUAUCAUCAUCAUCAUCACAACCCUUCGACUUAUAAGAAGAUCACCGACUUGUUUGGUCAGAAAAAAAUCGACAACAUGCCUGACCUGGGCCUUGGAGACCGCUCCAGUCCCAAGACCUCAACCUCUAAAUUGAACAGCGACCGGAAGCAGUUCUUAGCUAGCUUAGCUCCGCUUUCUUGCGUUGCUAACACCGGAAUCGACGGCAAUGAUUACUACCAGCUGUCUUCAAAGAUUUCCAGGGAUUCUGUUGGCUACGCCUCGGAUUCUUCUUACAGUUUGGAGGACAUCGAAGCCGCGCUUAGGGGUGAUGAAAGGAAUGGAAAGACUCCAGGACCCCCAGAUGUCACUAGAGGAACUCCAACUGGAGUUGGUCCAGACGCUUCUGAUGCUACUACUGAUGAAUUGUUAGCUUUUGUGGAACAGGACAAGUCCAGGACUGAAAGGCUUAAGCGCAGGUAUGACACUGAGGAUAAAGAGGAGAAAAAUGUCGUUGAUGAGGAUGAUGAUGAAUUGAAUGACUAUGGGUUCAAUAGGAGGCCCGCUGUUCGCGGAAUUAAGCCUCAAUUUGAAUCUAGUGAGAUUGUGAGGCAAUUGAGGUACAGAACUAUUCCUGCUUCUGUUGAUAAGAGGCAGGCUUCUUGGCCGUAUUAUGAUACUGAUAAUCAUCAUCUGGAGAAAAGGGUCACUUUUACCUCGACUGCAGCCGCUGCUGCAGUUGGGGUGGGAAUUGGCGUCGGGGUUAAUGUUGAACCGGAUGAAAUUAGUCUGGCGAGUUCUAGAGACUCGACGAUUAAUCGGAUUAAUACUAUGCAGAGACAAAUUGAUGAUAUUUAUCAGACCAUUGCGGAAAGCGCGCUCAGUAUUCAGGGAACUUUGGACAGGGGCUCGUAUUUGGAAAGCACGCUUCCGAGAGGAGUUUCUUCGAGGAUUCCUGUUGUUCCUCCGCCACCUUUGCCGCCCGGGGAUUGCCAUCGGUAUCAGGAUGCUAAGACGGGAGGAGCCGGACACUUCCAAGAGACCCCAAGAAUGCGGAUGUCCAACGACAUGCCAAUGUACAGCACCCUGAGCAAGCCUCGUCGAGCGGUAGCGAUCUCCAACUACCCUUGCGGCGUAGUUCCAAUCGAGAGCAGUACCAAGUGCUACCGAACGAUGUACUUGGUGCCGUACAACGGCUUAUCAGACCCGACGUACCAGAACAUCCAGCGGAUUCUGCCCCCUCAUUCCUCAGCGAGCUACGCGGACCACAUCGAGCGAUACCCGUACCCUCGGAACGUAGAGGGCGACGGAAACCAAGUGCCUCGCUACUACCCCCGAGCUGGAACCGCAGGCUCCAGCAGCGGACCUGGAGGAGCCUCAGGACAUGUCACCCCGGCGAUAGUUCCGCCUCCGCCUCUGCACCUGCGCUUGCAGCCCGAGGACAUGGGGUUCAAUCCGGGACCGGGCGUGGGCAUGCAGACGAUCCUCCAGCACCAGCACAUUUCCCAGCUGGCCACCUACAAUGUCCAGUCGGUUCCAGCCUACACGGUGAUGGCCCCGUCCAGGCCAGGGUACCCCUACCCCGUCCAUCCCCGAGGAAACGUCGAGGGAACCAUCCAAGGCCAGCUUCAGUCUCAGUCUCAAUCCCAGACCGGCUCGCUGCCCCCGACGAUGACCACCAACACAGUGGCCAGCGGCUUCAAUGGAAAUCAUCACCUGGCCUGCACUUCCUCGUCUUCUUCGACUUCCUCGGCCUUGUCUUCGCCCACCAAGACUCCAGCUGGUAGCAACUUGUGCUCCACCGCCGAGAGGGGAGUUCCCGAAGGCGCUGCCAGUGCUCCGGCUCAUGAUUUUGUCUCCCAGGCCAACAACGUCACGUAUGGUCAUAACGUGCCUCCGCCUAACACUCAAAAUUCUGUCUACUAUGCUAUGAACGUCUGAAUUAUUAUUUUUUUUUUUUUUUUUAGUUGUGUAGAAUACUCGGGUAAAUACUUCCUUCCUAUUGUGUGACGAUGAUCAUGAUGAUUAUCGUUGCUAUUAUGUAUUAUUUAAAUAAUCUCUCAUGUAAUCAACUUUCUAUUCUUUAGAUUUUAUUCUAAUCUCUCUCUCUUUCUCUCUCUCUCUCUCUCUCUCUCUGGGUUUCUGUCUGGCUGUUGAAAGUUUUGGGAUUCACAGGGGAAUUAAAUUAUUAUUGGUAA